AGCGCAGGUGAUACAGGUAGCAGAGUUUCUAUUGGAACGCCUAGAUAAAUGAGCGCGGUAGGUUGAGUAAAACGCGAGACUCGAUUCGACCUCGGGAAUGAAUCACGGCUGGUUAUCUUGCAAGGAUGCUUGAUCUAUGAUCGCGUCGUGUAACGGGAAUGUUGACAGACGAUCGCUACGCGAACGAAUCAACGUAAAAAAAAGGGAGAGAGUGCAAUAAGGAUAUGUCAUAACACACUCAUAAAGCAUGCACGAGCCUCCUCGCGAUCCUUCAACUCGUUGACGAGAUUAACCUCUUCGCGAGCAAGCGCCAGGAAUGGCAAACAGCUCCACGAAAGAGAGAAUGGACGCCUGGUUCUGGAUACUGUAACAAAAAAUGUGAGGUUUAAUUUAUAUAGCUGUAAUUAGAAGCACCAGCAAAUGCAGAAUGGAGAAUGUUAUACCGAUGAGUUGGUUGAACCAAAUAUUAUUAGUUUCUAGUAUAGCAACUGCAGUAUUGUCCUUAGUUGUAGAAGGAUGGACAGAUCUCACACCUCUGCCGAUAUAUGUUUCCAUCUCUUGGGGUGUAUUUAUUAUAAUUUUAUCAGUAUGGCUAAGCUGUUGCUUAUUACGUCUCACAUUGAAAGCCAAUAGUCCAAUUACUUUUGAGUUUAUGAACAAGUGGAUCCGCAAGAGGCUAGUGAAUUAUCUGAAUUUGGAUUCUUUAAUAGACAAGAAUAAGAGUACAGAAAUUAUUUAUGUAAGCGAUAGUGAAGACCAAGGGAAGAGUCCUUCACAAAAAGCUAGCGCUAAGUGCAAUAAUAAUGCAAUCUUACGAGAUUCCUGUAAGAACGACAUUCCUUUAACAAAAAGAGAAAAGGAGAAGAUAAUGGAUACAAUACGAGAAAUUGAUGUAAAGUGUAUAGAAAUUUGGUAUAAAAAUAUCAGUACUGACAAGUCGUUCCCUAACGAAGCGCAAGAUUUGUUGGACAAGUUCUUGACGAGGCUUGUUUUGAAAGCUAAUUUAAUAGAUAAAAUAAAACUCGUUAAUAAGUUGGCGAAUAUAUUAUUGUUACACUUAAAGGAAUAUCGUAGGGCACUACGUCGAGUCGAAAAGGGCGCUGCAUCCAGCGUGGAGGAAGCAUAUAAAUAUUUACAUCCUGGUUCUCGCAGUGCGUCGAUAUUAGAACAUAUGUUGCAUCAUUUAGUCACUGUUCUAGCGCAAGAGUUUUUGCAAUGGGAAUUAACCAGUUCAUCACCAUGCAAACUUUUGUUAUCCAUUUUAGCAAAGAAGCUCUUAAUAACAAUAGACACAAUAAGCUGCCCAGAUUGGUUGAUCAAGAAUCUAUUGCAAUUAUUGGAAACUCCUACAAAUAAUGCUGUCGCUACUCCAACUAAGCAAAAUGUACACUACGAUGAUGGUACUAUAACUGUUGCUCUGAGCGAUGGCAUCGUAUCCGCGACAGCGGCUGUGAUCCCGCAACAGUUGCCAAAAUCCGCACCUAAAUCUAGUCCAUCUGCAAAUAUUACAAGUAAAGAUGAAAAUGCAGCUAUAACGGCAACUCCAGAAAGAUCGUCUCUAUGUUUAGAGGGUCUCUCCACUACAGAGCACAGGGGCCUCUGGGGAGAUAGCAUAACAGAUCUGGAAUUGGAUGAGGAUAAGAUUUCGCCAGUGUAUGAAGAACCAACAGAUUUCGCCACGACUAUUGCUAGGCUUAGAAAUCUAUUACAACAGAAGUCUACAGCAACCACACCAUUGCAUGCCGAAGAAAAAUCUUAUGUGAUAUAUGAAGGAUGCCCAUUUACAAAUUUAUCAAUUCCAUGGACUGAAUUUCAUACCGCAACGGAUGGUUCGCAACAAUUAUUCUAUUGCAUACAAUUCGACGAUGUCGAACAACAUGGAGUAUAUUUAUUUGAAACCACUACUGCUACUGUCAGGAGACUAUAUUCUGAUUUUGUUCAAUUGCACCUCAGUCUAGAAGAAAUUCCAUCAUUAGCUAAUAUUAUGUCCGACCUAGUAUUACCCGAGGGUGGGCGGAUCGAACUGGAAGUAUAUUUGAAGACACUGUGUACGCGAUUAGCGAAUGAGUGUCCACCUCAAUUGCGUCACUUUCUUCGGCCGAGCAGUAGCGCGGGCAAAAAAGCAGAUGCAAUAGCGCCUCGUUUGGACCGAUUUUUGGCUAAGACCGUAACUGGUGUUUUCAAUACAUUGAAGACAGUUGUACCGGGCUUCGAAAUGGAUCAUGAAGAAGAAGCUCCUCCUCUACCUACUCUAAUGCCCUUGUCUGACAUACCCUGGAGAUUUGUCGAGGAUAUAAAAUCGAAAAGUCUAGCUUGUGAAUUACAGCAAUUGAUCGCAGAAAGAACAGAAUAUUGUAUGGUAGACACAGCUUAUGAGGCGGUUGACUCGAUGGAAACCAGUGGCAGUUCAGAGUUAUUGGAUUGUUGGUGGGAAACUAUUAACGCUUCGUACGAUGAUGAAAUUGAUGAGUUGGAUUCUAAUCUGACAUUGACAUGUACAACCAUAGAUCUGAUUUGUGAGCUUCUGACAGGGAUUGCUAGUAAUAAUACAUUACAGCAAGAAGCAGUUGUUAGAUGGACUAAAUUGCUAUUAGGAAACAUUUCAGAGCCAAUCUUGCAGAAAAUGAUUCUUAGGUUGUUUGACUCUUUGAGUAAUUCCUCAUUACUUUCCGAUGUAUCACAUAACAAUGUCACAAAUGAAACCAAUGCACAACUGAAAGACAAGUUGGUGCACACAUUAAAAGAAAAAAUCUCAUACAGUGUAAAAUUCAUAUUUGGUGAGGACAAUGUACACAAAGCUCUGAAUUAUUUAUUAAGUUCAUAUGAAAUCAAGAAGAUUAACAUGGAUUUAAACAUGCAGAUGUUAGAUGCGUUAAUAUCAGAACUAUUGGUUUCCUGUAAAACGAAUCAAGAUACCACUAAUUAAUUUUAAUUUAAUUUAAAAUCAAUAUUUAUUCAAUCCUUUAGACAAAAAAUCAUUUAGUAUUUUGCAAGAUUUGCACAUUAUUUUAUUCUCUUAAUGAUACAUGAAAGUCAUUAAGAUAUAUCAAAAUAUUUAUGUAAAAAGAAUUGAUGU